AUGAGGAACUUCCAGGUUCAGAGUAUUCCGUGUCAUUCCCUCGUGGCAGACGACGGAUUUCUGUACCUGUCCCCUCGUAGCGCGACCAUUCGCGUUUCUAUCCACCUCUGCUGCACCGUGUUGCUGGGAGCCUUCAUGCUGUGGGGCUUCCUGGCUGAGCCCCCAGUUCUCGGGUUCUUCUGCAGCGACACCAGUAUUCGUUAUCCAUUGAGGGCAGAGACGGUCCCCUCAACUUUGGCGACUAUCUUGGUCGUGGGGAUUCCGUCCAUACUCUUUGUCGUUGUAGAGCUGUUGUACGCCUUUGUAGCUGAUAAAAGCGGGCUCAGCUUGGUACCCUUGCAGUGCUGCUCCCUCCCCAAGUUCCUCCUCGAUGCCUACACGACUUUUGGAGGCUUUGUAUUCGGUCUCAUUCUCAGCUUCAGUGUGGCCAACGUAGCGAAGCUCUCCAUAGGGAGACUGAGACCUCACUUCCUAGCUGUAUGCCAACCGAACUGGGAGGCUCUUACCUGCAGUGACAGCACGGGGCCCAUCCUUGUAGAAAAAUACGAUUGCCUAGGGACAGAUUCGGAAGCCAUACGGGAAGCCCGUCUCAGCUUUUUUUCUGCCCACAGCAGCAACUCUAGCUUCGCCAUGGUAUACACCUUGAUAUACCUGCAGUGCCGUAUAGGGGGACCCCCAGGGGCUGCUGGCAGCCGGCCUUUUCGGCGGAUGCUGCACGCCAACAAAGGGGCUGAGUGGCUGUGGGAUGUGGCCACCGCUCUCAGGCCUUUUAUACAGGGCGCGCUCCUCCUACUUUGCUUCUUUAUUGCCUUUUCAAGAAUUUAUGACUCAUACCAUCACCUAGGGGACGUUGCGACUGGCCUUCUGGUUGGGACCAUCAUCGCUUUCUACGCCGCGUUCUGGGUCAGCAGACUUCAUAGAUUCACCUGA